UGUUAAAACAGCUGAGCGUGAAAUAAGGUGGCGGCGGGAGAACAAGGAAUUUUUUUCAUUAAAAUAAGCAAUACAUUAAUUUUCUGCUAAAGUUCUGCUCUAAUAUGGAAGGCAUGAAGAUGGAAAAGUCUAGUAACUUGCCCAAUGGAGAAGCAGCAGGCAACGAUGAAAUAAAAUCACCGUUUCUGAUUGGCGUCGCCGGUGGCACGGCAAGCGGCAAGUCGACCGUAUGCAAGAAGAUUAUGGAACAGCUUGGACAGGCCGAAAUGGAUGAUACACAACGUCAGGUGGUGUCAAUCAGUCAGGAUUGUUUCUAUCGUGAGCUAACAGGUGCCGAAAAGCUGAAGGCGCAGAAAGGACUCUUCAACUUUGAUCACCCGGACGCAUUUAACGAGGACUUCAUGUACGAGACUCUGCAACGCAUAUUAAAGGGUCACAAGGUCGAAAUACCUAGCUAUGAUUAUCGUACAAAUUCGCUUGACUUUGAAAACGUGCUGGUCAUUUAUCCAGCGGACGUGGUGCUCUUUGAGGGCAUAUUGGUUUUCUAUUUUCCUAAAAUACGCGAACUGUUCCACAUGAAGCUCUUUGUGGACACCGACUCAGACACACGCCUAGCACGUCGUGUGCCACGUGAUAUCAAUGAGCGAGGCAGGGAUUUGGAUGCGGUUCUCACACAGUACAUGACAUUUGUGAAGCCUGCCUUUGAGGAGUUCUGCUCGCCGACCAAAAAGUUUGCCGACGUCAUCAUACCUCGCGGUGCUGAUAAUACAGUUGCCAUUGAUCUCAUUGUACACCAUAUCGGAGAAAUUCUCGCGGCCACCAACAUCGCACAGCACAACAACACAGUCAGAACUGCGGCCUCCAGCAUGAAGCGCGAUCACUAAAAACAAAAACAAGAAACUCCUAUACUCUAAGCGAAAAAAAAGACAAUUUUUUAUUGCUAAUCAUAACUAAAAAUAGAAACGCUGCAGCUGUUAAGCUUGCAUUGAGCGCAGGUCGCAGGUAAAUCAGAGCAGCCUCCUCUAACAUUGUGGUCCUAUCACAAUCAACUAACUUUAUUGAUUAACAAAUAGUCUUAAGAUGAAUAAGUUUGUUAAAUACAUACUAAAAUGUAUGUCAUUGUAAGCUUGUUUUAACUUAAACAUAAUCCCACUUCUUUUAGUUAUGUUUUUCAAGUCUAACUCGGUCUUUCAUUAAAAAGCUAAUGUCACAAAGACGUAUAACAUAAUUGUUAAAUUAAUUAUAGAGCUAUAAUUUUCAAUGAAAUUAAUAUAAUGUUAGAAACAUCCUAAUUCUCCGGACUCUUGAUUAAAGCACUAAUCGGUCGACUACACAAAAAUAUAUAUUCACAGGGAUCCAGAUCAUACCUAACUUCUUUAUAUGUCAAAAUGUUUAAACCUACAUUUAUCAUUAAUGCCAAAAACAAUUUAUAAAUUGUCGAAUAUAUAAAUAAACCUAAGUUCAACGCUUGUUGAUUUUAACAAACUGAGCUAUAACUGAAUACUAAAUACACAUCUUAACUUGGAUUAUAAUUAGUUUUGCUAAGAAACAAUUUCAAUUAAUGUGGCGAUAAUAUUUGAAUUUAAUUAAAAAAUCAUACUAACAGACGUUAUCUAAAAAUAUAUAUUAGUUGAUAGUUUUAAAUAUUAGCUGCACAAAUGGGUUCCUUAGCAUCAAAUUCUAAUCUCAAAUUGUAACUUUUUAAGUGUUUGCAUACAAGCCUAUUAUAGUACGCUCUAAUUGUAAUAUGUUUAAUUAUAUUAAAUAACAAAAGGCUAUCAAAUACAUAUACAUUAGCUAUUAUAUGAUAAGAUCAUUUGUUAUAUGCACAUACGUAGACACCCAAAAGAGAAGUAAAGAGCUUCAGAAAAUUC